UCUGGUUUAUAAACUAUACAAACACAACGCUGCCCAUAUCUAGAGUCUAGAAUACCUUUAGUUGUCACAAAGUUUCUCUCUCAGUAAACCAUGACAUAUAGAGACAACUAAUGAAGUUUUCUUUUCUUCUUCAAGACAAAUUUAACGUUGGAGAAAGACCUUAAUUUUUGUUACAAGUAACAUUAAAAAGGUGCAAAGAAAAUGGCGGAGAUCCUUCAAGCGAUGCGAACAUUCGCAAUGUUGCAUGAGUCUGAGACCAACAUUGAGGAGGGACAACAGAAAGAAUUCCUCCGUGGAACAUUCAGCAUCAUGCAGUUUGAUGAAAACAGUAAGGAACAGAUAGAUGAGCUCAAGGCUAAAUUUAUGAGGUACAGGAAAGAACUAGGAGGGCUUGACAUUGAAGAGUUCAAGGCUGCACUUAGACCGUUGACUUCCAAAGGUAUCAGUCUGAAUCAGAUAUUGACGACCUUUCGAAAAAUGGAUCCAUGUGACGAAGAAGCCCUAACAUGGAACGACUUCAUGAACUUUGCCAUAGAGGAGCACAACAAAAGAAUGUCGAUGCUAGCCACCAAGGACGAGAUGCCCUUUGGACCAGAUGUCAUGCAGAUGAAACAUAAUCAUAGGGACCCCAUUGUAAGGAUCGCAUUUAUGCCCACAGUUGACCCCAUCACAAAACUAUUGGACUUCAGUUUCGGCAAGUACAUGAUAUUAAGUCGUGAAGGUUUAAUGUCUGUGUGGUCCAUGAAGAUGAAGCCAAUCAACUACAACAAUCUGGUGCCCAGGAACACAACGGAGAGUGGAUGGUACAUUGACAUGAUCUGCAUGUACCACAACGGCUUCAUCUGUGCGGCCACAACGGCCAGAGAUCUUAUAUUUUAUGAUUACACCCGGGCAGGCUGGUCCAGGAAGUAUUGGUUGAAAAAACUGUCUCACUCCCCAACCUGUAUGUGCUACUGGGCAGGCAUGGCCCAAGAACAAAUAGCUGUCCUUCUAUGGGGAGACACAUCUGGAACAGUUCGAAUGAUUGAAUUUGAUCUAUCUCAGCGACUACCAAUGUUUGGAAUACCUGUGAAAGAAGGUUGUUCCGAACUGAACUACCCUGACCUACAGAAAGGUGUUUAUGAAGGCGUCACGUUUCGUAUGUUUCCACAUAUACACAAAGAUUGGGUCAAAGAGGUGAAGUACAUCCCUCAAGCGAGCUCCUUUGUUUCCUGUUGUAAAGAAGAUAACACAGCGCUCUAUAUGAGUCACGUGGAGCCAUCCAAGAAGAAACCAUGUUACUUUCACGUCUUGCGAGGUUUCCUGUGUUUGGACUUUAGCUACGAACUCAAUAUUUUGGCUGCUGCGGGAAUUGAUUGUAACAUCUGGUUGUACAAUCCUUACAUGCCCCAAAAAGUGGUGGCCAUGAUGGAAGGGCAUAUCAGACCGGUGUCACAUAUCAAAAUUAAUGAAAUAGAAAAUUAUUGUAUUAGCAUUGAUCUGUCAAGGUCAAUCAUGAUUUUUAACCUGUCCUCACAGGCCUGUAUCAUGCGUGUGCCAGGACAGGCUGUUCGAAUGGGCAAUCAUUUCAUCUACUCAGUGUAUCUCAACAGCCAUAGAAAAAUGUGCCUGCUAGGAUCUUAUGGACUUUGUAUAUUAAAACGCCACACGUUGGAAGGACUGAGUGUUGACGUCAGGUCACAUGACCAUAAGUUAGUUGGUGCACUGUACUGUCCAGUUUUUGAACAAGUGGUGAGUGUAUGCCAGGGGUCAAUGGUUCGAGUCUGGGAUAUUAUCACUGGAACUCGAGUUAUGCAGUUUGGAAUGGCACACAGCAAGAAAGCCCAGGGUCGAGUUGUUCCUGUGGAGAUUGAGUCUAUUGCUCUGACUGAAAAUAAGAAGAGACUCUGUACGGCUGCUGAGGGAGUCAUUAAAAUUUGGAAUUUUUGUGUUGGAGUUGUCUUGAGAGUUCUAGAUAUGAGCAAUUGUCCAAAGAUCACCAGUAUCGUGAUGGCCAAGAACCAGAUCUACGUCACAGGAUGGAGUAAAUAUAUCAAUGUAUUCAGUGACUUUAAGGGAGAGGAAGCAAUUAAAAAGUCUUGGGCUAUGAAGCACAACGAUGACUGUCUAGCUCUGUGUACCCUGGAACCUAAUCUGAUAGCAUCUGCAGCCUACGACGGUAGUAUCAUCGUCUGGUCAAGGGAAACCACAGAGUCCUACUGCAAGCUGCACGCGUCAUUCUCGGCUCUUCCUGAACUGGACACUGCGGUCAGAGGUGGUGGCAAUAAAAAGAACAUCAUGUCGGUGGCCGCUGAUAUGGACACAGCUGACCAGGAUGAGAACGAUGAGGAACAAGGAGAAGAUGCUUUCAUGACCAUUGGUCGACACUUAAGGAAGGAAGGAGGCUGGUAUCGUCUGCUGAGGGCAUUGAAGAAAAGACAGAUUGAAAGAGAAAAGAGACGAGCAGCCCUAGAGAGGAAAGACUUUAGUGCCAAGUAUAAAAAGAAAAAGAAACGCAUGAACAUGCAAGGCUUGAGUUUGGUCUACGAGUCGGCCGUUGAGACAUUAGUCUUUCUGGAGACACGACGACCAAUUGAUCCACAGACAGCAACGCUAAUAGCUGGGGGCGCCGAGUGUUGGAUUAGAUUCUGGUCACUUCAUCCCAAGGGUGGUCUGCUUGGUCAGUUCACUAGCACCAGACGUAAACUAGAGAGUAUCAGGUGCAUGACAACAGACAAAAACAAUGAGUACCUGAUCACCGGAGAUACGAUGGGUUUGUUGAGGAUCUGGGACAUUAAAGAGUUCUGUAAUGCUGACAAGUUGACGCCUGAAGAAAGAGAAGAACGAGAGAGACGUCUAAAGAAAACUUUUGUCUACAGCAGACUUCCAUUUAAACCAGAAGAGAUUCUGGACACAAUGGAGAAACUUAGAGAGAAAAGAAUCUCAGUACCGGAUGCCAGUAAACCCAGAAAAAACUUAAAGUCUCCGCGACUGCUGAGCAGUGUGCGAUGUCACACACAGCCAAUUGUCUCCGUGGAACUCAUUGAUGAAAGGAAUCUCAUUCUGACUGCCAGCCAGGACCGUACUGUUAGACUUUGGACCAAGAACUGUACUUACAUCGGGACCUUUGGUGAGAUCUGGAAGCCAAUACCAACUGUAGUGGGAGCUGUUGUUGAAAAGUUCCCGCGGUUACCUAAAGAUAUCCAGCGUUGUGCCUCUGCUCGCUCUCUGGCUACGCUACACAAUGGGAAAAUGCCCAAGUGGAGAACUGCUUGCUAUGUGGUCAGACGUCAUAUAUAUGAACAACGCAGAGAAAAACUCCUGGAAGAGAACAAAGCCAAGCUGAAGGCUGAGAGAUCAGCUCGAGGUGAACCAGAAAGUGAGGAGUCCUUGGCUAACAAUGACCGCUACGUCAGUAAAAUUCUGGGUAAAUAUUACGUGCCCAGGCGCCGUUAUAAAGGACCAAUGGACCUGAAAGAGCAAGGCUUUCCUCCACUCGUCAUCUUCAAAGGAAGGUGUGCACCUUACCAAACAACUCUACCCCGACCACUGUAUCCAAUGGAGCCUCUCUACAAACCUCCAACAUUUUUUGACAUCGAUUCCAGGAGACCUCUUCAGUAUAAAACUAGGAGACAGACCAGACAUAUGAUGAAUAUCUUCAACCAAAUCUGUGGGGAUCCAAUCAGAUAUGCACAAAACAGUCGCAGCCAGUCAGGUUCAAGUUGGGCCUCAACACCAACAAAAAGGGCUUCCCAAGGUUUGUGUUAG